AUGCCUAUAUUCAACUCAACGGCUUUCAUACCACUGGAAACGAAUGAUCUCAAGAUGUCCAGAGCUCCAGCACGGCCUAUAAAACGUCUGCUCAUUGCCAAUCGAGGAGAAAUAGCUACACGCAUAAUUUCAUCAGCCCGGGAGCUGGAUCUCGAAACCUACGCUAUCUACACAAAUGGCGAUGAUUCCCACGCUGCCCGAGCAGCCCACAUGAUCAAACUUGACUCUGUCUCUUCAUUUAUGAGCACCGAUGCAAUCAUUACCAUCUGCAAACAGCACGAGAUUGAUGCUGUCCAUCCUGGUUAUGGUUUCUUGUCCGAAUCGGAAGUAUUCGCGAAAAGAGCAUGGGAGGAAGCGGGCGCUGCUGUGGUUGGGCCGGGGUGGGGCAUUUUGGAGGACACAGGGAAUAAGCUGAAGGCGCGACAGCUUGCUGAACGAUGCCAAGUCCCUGUGGCACCAGCUCUACACAAUCCAACCAAUCGUGUCGAAGACGUGCGACAAUUCGCAGCUCAGGUUGGGUAUCCUGUCAUGGUGAAAGCAGUAGAUGGAGGUGGUGGACGAGGUAUCCGUUUGAUCCGUGAAGAAAAUGAGCUCGCUUCUUUAUUCAAACGAGCAAUCGAGGAGAGCCCUUCAAAACAAAUAUUUGCAGAGAAAGCCGCUGUGGGCGGCUUCCGCCAUGUGGAAGUACAAAUCAUUGGUGAUGGCACAGGGAAUGUUACACACCUCUGGGAACGGGAGUGUAGUAUCCAAAGGCGGUAUCAAAAGAUCAUCGAGUUGGCACCGAGCGUUGUAUCAGACCGAACCUUGGUUGCAAAGAUCCAAUACUUCUCUCUUGGCACUUUUGAAUUCCUGCUCAAUCCAACGACAAAGGAAUAUUACUUCUUAGAAGUGAAUCCACGACUUCAAGUCGAACAUACCAUCACGGAAUCGAUAUCAAUGACUGACAUCGUCAAAGCACAACUCCUCCUGGCACAGGGUGCUAAGCUCCACGAAUGUGGAUUAUCCAUGGCAUCUCGAGCUCCAGAACACCCUCCUACGGUACUUUCGAUACAGCUACGCAUCACAGCCGAGAAUGUCGACAACGACUGGUCCAUAUCGAUCGGCAAGAUAACCUCCUUCCAAUUUCCUACAGGCAAUGGCAUCCGAGUAGAUACCUAUCUCAUCAGUGGCCACCCCACCGUCGUAUCUGCCGAUUUCGACAGUCUUAUCGCCAAACUCAUCGUCACGGCAUCGUCAUGGGAAGGUGUCGUGCGCAAAGCUCAAAUUGCCAUAUCCGACACACAAAUCACCGGUGUCAAAACCAACAUCGCCAUGCUGAAAGCCAUAGUUCACCACCCAUCUUUCUUCAACAAGCAAUGCGAUACCCAAUGGCUGGAAACGACGCAAUCGGAGCUCCUUCAAAAGAUAAGUCAACUACCUUCCUCUGGUCAAACACCGCUCGCAACGACCUCAGCAUCCUUACCCGCGUUCUCCACGGCACCACCGCCCUUCCGCAAAGGCGACGCCUGGUCACUGACUCUAUCCUCGCCCAACGAUAACACCACCACCAAAAAUCAAAACCCCCAACCAACGCAUCACAUAGAAUUAACCCGCAUCCACACCAAUUCCUUCCCUUCCUCUCUCACCGCCUCCCUGCUCCUCACCACCCCUUCAACCCCUACUCCAACACCCUACACCGUAACUCUACUCUCCACCACAACUAGCGCAAGUGCCAGCGCCUCAAUAUCGCAGCACCGUCGCGCGAAUCCCUCUGAUCCAUCGCACAUCGCCGCCCCGUUCCCAGGAAAGUUAGUGGAGCUGUGCGUGGAAGAGGGAGAUGUGGUGAGUCAGGGCGAUGUGCUGUGCGUGAUUCAGCAGAUGAAGAUGGAGGUCGAGGAAGAAUUUGAGGGGGGCGGAGGAGAUUGCAAGAUAUCAGAAAGAUUCCUUGAUCGAAUUGCGCUGAUCCAAGACAUUUAUUCACGGAGUUCCAAUUGCUUCAGCCUGGAUCUGCGUCAGCUCUAUGAGAUAUUGUAUCUAUUCGUGUUCAUGAAACGCCGGAUCAGUGUACAGUCAUGGUGUAUUGUCGCAGCGACAGCGACGCACAAUGAAGCUGCGAUGAAGACAAAUUAUAUCGACGGUGUACUAGAUUUCAGCAGUGAUCUUCUUUGA